AUGAGCAGUAAGGAGUGCUUCAAGUGUGGACAAUCUGGCCACUGGGCCCGGGGAUGCCCUAAGGGAGGAGCACCUCAAGGGCGUGGGGAUAGAAGCUGUGGCAGAGGUGCUCAGGGCAGUUCCAGCACCCUAUCUGAUAUGUGUUACUGCUGCAGUGAGUCUGGUCAUCAUGCUGAGAACUGUGACCUUCUCAAGGACAUCUGCCAUAACUGUGGGAGAACUGGCCACAUCGCCAAAGACUGUAUAGAGCCUAAAUGUGCACGAGAGCAGUGCUGUUAUGCUUGUGGCAGACCUGACCGUCUGGCUCGUGAUUGUGACCGUCAGGAGGAGCAGAAGUGCUACUCUUGCGGUGAAUAUGGUCACAUUCAGAAAGACUGCACCCAAGUCAAGUGUUACAGGUGAGGCGAGACCGGCCACGUGGCCAUCAACUGUGGCAAGACAAGCCAGGUCAACUGCUACCGCUGUGGCCAAUCCGGACAUCUAGCACGGGAAUGCCCCAUUGAGGCUACUGCUUAA